GUGCGCUAAGAUUUUGUAGGCAACUCUGAAUAUCGGAUUUGUUUAUAUUAUUUUGAUUUUUGUUAUUCUAUGAAUGUAAAUGGAAUAUCAAUGUUUUCUUUUUCUCUACUCUAUUUGUUAAAACCGGCAGUUUCAGUAUAUAAUAUAACAGUAGGUAAAAACUUUAAGACGUCCAAGAUGAAAUUACCACAGAAGGAAGUUGAAUGUAAAGUUCAAACGUUACCACCCUCUCCGGAAGCAGCUGAUGCUCCUGAAAGCACUGAAGAUUCAGAAUUAUUGCUAAAAAUGCUUUUGGAUGCUUUCUGGAAAUUAUGGGCCCAGCUAAAGCUUGUAAUAUCAUUUGUAAUGUUUGAUCUUGGUGGUUAUCAGUUGAUUGAUAGGCUUGUGCAAUGGAGUGUCCGAAACCCUCAUACAGCCAUUUGUAUAGUUGCAGCAUUUUUGGCUUUUUUACUGCCAUUUUUGAUAAUGUUGGGAAUUGGACUUUCAACUCUAUUGAUGACACUUACCGGAUUUUUAGUUUUAGAAGGUGUAAUAUUGUCCAUAAUUGCAAUGCUACUAAUUGGUUGUUUGGGAUCUCUGAUUCUAGUAGUGCUAUUUUUUAAACAAUUAAAUAGAAUAAAAUAAAACUACAUUAAUGACAUUAUAUUUGAAAUCAAAAGAACUAAUGGAAAGAAUGUUACUAUUAAAAAAGAAUUAUUAGGUUGUCAAAUAUCUGCCUUUUUGCUUUUUAUUCAAUGGUUUAUAAAAAGUGUUACAGUCGGAUUUACAUGGACAGGAACAGGUGGUAAUCACUUGGCGCGAUGUCCGGGCUAUAUCGUGAAUGCGAUAAAACCUCCCAUCCGAGCUCCCGUAGCUUCUGACGAGUCAUAAACGAAGUGUGGGAUCUGGCGUUGUCCUGGUAGAAAACUACAUCUUUCCUGUUGACCAAUUCUGAACGUUUCUGGUUGAUCACCUGCUUCAAGCGGUCCAGUUGUUCGCAGCAGAUGGUAGAAUUAAGCGUCUGGCCAUAUGGGAGUAGCUCAUAGUAAAUGAUUCCCUUCCAAUCCCACCAAACACACAGCAAAACCUUCCUGGCCGUCAAACCCGGAUUGGCCAAUGUUUGGGACGAUUCACCGCCCUUCUAGCACAUCUGUUUUCGCUUGAUAUUGUCGUAUGGGAUCCAUUUUUCCUCGCCAAUCACCAUCUGCUUCAAAAAUGGGUCGAGUUCAUUCCGUCUCAGCAGCAUAUCGCAGACGUUGAUUCGGUCCAGAAGGUUUUUUUGCGUCAAAUCAUGCGGCACCCAAACAUCAAACUUUUUUGUAUAUCCAGCUUUCUGCAGAUGGUUUAAAAUGGUUUGGUGACUAACUCCCAUCUCCUGGGCGAUGUCACGAGAUGCCACAUGCCGGUCUAACUAAAUGUUUUCCAUGAUUUGAUCGGUAUUUGUCGUCACAGGUCUUCCGUCGGCUGGCUUACCCAUGGUGUCGUUUUCACCCGCUCUGAAUCGUCGAAACCAUUCCUCCGCAGUUCGAAGUGAUAGACUACCAUCCCCCAAAGCACCAUUAAUCUCACGGAACGUUUCUCUAGCGGUUUUGCCUUUAACGAAGGAAAACAUUUAAAAUAGCGGGAAUUUCGGCGUUAGUGAACUCCAUGUUAACAUGUCUAUAACUGUUGAACGCAAUAUCCAAAUUAAUCAUGCAUAGCGUCGUGCAUAGUCUGUGAUGUCAAGACCUUUCAAAGAUAUAUAGUAUUGUCAGACACGAGCUCUGUAGCGCUUUAUACAUAGACGAGAAAUUCAAAAAACAAAAAAGCGGAAGGGAGAUAUUUGACAACCUUAUGUUAAAUUAUAAGUAUGAUUGGAAAUUUGUUCUGUUUAUUGAAAAAGUAUUUGAAAAAAUAAAAGUAAAAGUAUAAUGAA